AACAAUCGAGAGCAGUCGUAAAAUAAUCAGCAAUGACGACGGGAGUGAUUGUGGCCAAAAGGAUCGCACAGAUAAGCGAUGAUAAUCGAGAAUUUGUUCUCGCCGCCGUUAUCAUUGCGAAAAGUGAUCCUCGAUUUUUCACCGGCACUGUGAGAAGCGCUUCGAACGGUUCGUCCGAUAGAACAAGUCUGGUCGCACGCGGUGUGCUUACGCUAACGUUGCGAGACUCCGAAAAGGAUACGAUCAAUUGCACCAUCUGGGCCAAGGCGGACGUGAUUACGCACUACGACAACUCGUUCGACGUGGGUGAUGUCGUCGAUGUGCAAAAGCCACAGGUUUCUUCGGCGGUUUCCUGCCGCUCGGAGCAAUACUCACCGAACGUGUCGUCUCUCUACUGGCUGACUAUCAACGAGCAGGUACCUUCCUCUCAGAUUGUCCAUCACGAAGGAAAGCAGCUGCUGGAGUUGAAGUUGCUGCUUAAAGUUCCGUCCGUCCGGCCCGAAGAAACGAUUCCACUCGCCGACAUUGUGGCCAGCGGAACCAGUUGCCGUGGCGAAACGUUCAAUGUGCUCGUAGUAGUCCGAGCGGUUCGUCCGAGCAAGGAGAUACGUAUCACACGCACGAAUCAAAUGAAAUCGUUCCGCGAGGUCGUCGUUAUGGAUCAAAGCCACACCGGAGUGGUGAUGAAAUUUUGGUCUGAGAGUCUCAUCAAAAAGAUUAACGCAUGGGUUCCGCUCACCACGGUUCUGCUGAUUGCUGACGUGCGUAUCGAUUUCAACGAGUACUACAAAACCGUAGGCCUUACCAUGGACCGCAAAACGAUCAUCACGCAGGACCCGAACGUACCGCAGCUGCAGAGUUUGUUGCGCCACGCAAAGAAUAUCCCCAUGCAAGAUGUUGACAUCGUGUGCUCGCUCUCAUCUGGAACCGUAGAUCCGGCCACAAUAAGCACCGUCAUGACCGUCCAGCAAAUUCUUGACCGAACUGAAGGAGAUCUCGUGUCGGAGGUUGACCAAUUUACCGCCCUCUGUUAUGCGGUCAUCACAAGGCUUGAUCUGGACGGGUCCUCUAGGAUAGUGAGUCAGCGGUGUGUCCACUGCCGGACGCUUUUGCGCAGCCAGGAGCAGGCAUGUUCGAAGCUGGACUGUACGGGACAUAACACACCGGCUCUGGAACAGUUUUUUGAUCUCUCUGUCGAUCUAACGGAUCACACCGGCACACUGCAGGGCUGUCGUAUGAUCGGCGCAACAGCCGAAACCGUCCUCCAGUGUGACGUGAAGACGUUUCUUGGUAAAACCGACACCCAGAAGACGGAAUUGAAGUGGAUGUAUUUGUUGGACCGGUGCGCCGUGCGGUUGGUUGUGAAACGGCGAUCGGCCGUUCGCUUUCAGAACCUAUUCUCAAUCGUGGCCUGUGCGUUGGCCGAUCCUACUGAAGUUGAAGCGAAGCUGAAGGUGUAUUGAGCCCCAUUAUGUGCUCUAGAUUUAAUAUACUCUUGUUAAAUAAAAAUGUUACUAUGGACGUAUACAAGUUA